AUGGAUCUCAUCUUCAUUGAUGAAAAGGGUGCUAAGAUUCAAGCAGGUAUAAAAAGUCAUCUGAUACCUGUUUUUGAUGGACAACUUCAAGAAGAUGCUGUUGUGAUUCUGUCGAAAUUUGGUGUUGGUGAGAAUAAAGAUUUAUAUAAAGUUGUAGUACAUGAUUAUAAAAUCAAUUUUUAUAGAUGCACAACUAUUACACCUGUGAGAGAUUGGCAAGAUUUUGAGUACAGUUUCAACUUCAGAGCUUAUCAAGAUAUUCUUCAAGGAGAGGCGUUAAACUCUUUGAGUGUUGAUGUUGCUGGAUCUGUGGUUUGGUGUGGAGAUCUUGAAUUCUUUGGUCGACCUCCAAAAGAGACUAAGAAGAUCAAUUUCGAUAUUCAAGACUUGGAGGGUUUUAAGGAGUUCAUCUCUAAAACCCCAGCUCAUGAGCAUGCGAUAGCUGUUAUACAGCAUGGAAAAUGUAAGGAAUGGAAAGGUGAAUAUACAGUUCGAAGUGAUAAGUUUGCAACACGAAUGUUUCUGAAUGAAGAAAUCGAUGAAGUUAAUCAGCUAAGGAGGAGAUUACAAGUUGAUAUAUUAUUUUUACAGGAAAUGUCUUGUGUUGUGGUUGUGACAAUUAAGAUUGUGCAAGAAGAGUAUGGUUGGUUUUAUCCUGCCUGUCAUAAGUGUUUCAAGAAGGUGAUGGCUAAAAGUGAAUACUUACAGAAUGUUGAAAAUGUUUCGGAUUAUAUUGUUCAAUUGCCUGUGACUUCUUUGGUUUGUCCCAAAUGUCGUAGUGAAUGUACAUCCAUCACCACAAAGUUCAAGGUGCAAGUCCGGGUGCAGGAUGAGAGUGGUAGUGUUUCUUUUGUUAUGUUUGAUAGAGAUGUUCAGAAGCUUCUUGGAUUAGCCGUGAGUGACCUAAGAGAGAGGCAGGUGAAGAAUUCAAUCUUAAAAAUGACUAUCGUGUUUAUACCGUGCAAAAAAACAUGUGGUGAUCCAGUAAUAAUUGUUGAGUUGCUUGGUGGAGAUGGUAAUGGUGAUGAAAAUACUGAUGAGGUUACUCAAGAGGUAGCCGAGGUUAAGGAUGUUAACCUUUCAGAAUCUUCCCAGGUGUCUGCUGAACGAACUUCAAGGGAUGUUGUCUCUGUUACGGCCGACUCCUCAGCCGUUGAAGUUGAAAAGGAUUCUGGAUCAAGUCCUAAUGAAAGCGGACAGCUCAAGAUAUUGAUGUUGUGA